GCCAAAACAUGGGAAACCUUGGCAAGCUAGUGUUAUUUGUCACUCUAGUCUUCGUAGGAGCCACAAGUGCAUGGUCGACAGACCCUCAGGUUCCUUGCUUCUUCAUCUUUGGAGAUUCACUUGUGGACAAUGGCAACAACAAUGGCAUACUGUCACUCGCUAGGGCUAACUACAGACCCUAUGGCGUCGACUUCCCCCAGGGUGCAUCUGGGAGGUUUACUAAUGGCCGGACGAUGGUCGAUAUUUUAGCACAAUUUCUAGGUUUCCGAAGCUUCAUUCCACCAUAUGCAACAGCUCGGGGGGAUGAAGUGCUCAGAGGCUUGAAUUAUGCAUCCGGAGCUGCUGGCCUUAGAUCUGAGACUGGGAGCAAUUUGGGACAGCACUACCCUUUUGCCGAACAAAUAAACCAUUUCCGCAACACAGUGCAGUACAUGAGGAGGACCUUCAAGGGGAACACCACUAAGCUGAGAGAUCAUCUAAGCAAAUGCAUCUACUUUGUGGGAAUGGGAAGUAAUGACUACCUUAAUAACUAUUUCAUGCCUUUCUAUUAUCCUACUAGCUACGAGUACAGCCCCUCAACUUUUGCAACACUCCUCCUCCAAGCCUACUCGCAGCAAUUAAUGCAAUUAUAUAACUUGGGUGCACGUAAGGUGGCGAUAAUUGGGAUCGGGCAGGUUGGCUGCAUACCUUACGAGCUAGCCCGAAACCGCAACAGCAACAACGGCAGAAAUAAUAGCCAAUGCAAUGAGACGAUCAACAAAGACAUCACAAUUUUCAACAACGGCCUUGUUCAGAUGGUUAAUCGCUUCAACAAACAGAAAUCUGGAGCGAAGUUUAUCUAUGUAAACACCUUUCAGACCUCGAAGGAUAUCGCUGCGAAUGCAGCUUCUUAUGGAUUCAAAGUGGUCGACAGGGGAUGCUGCGGUGUCGGGCGGAACAAUGGGCAGAUAACAUGUCUACCAUAUCAAACACCAUGCUCUGAUCGGACCAAGUACUUGUUUUGGGACGCAUUCCACCCUACAGAGGUCGCCAAUGUUAUCUAUGCCCGGAAAGCAUAUUCUUCCAAGUCGAAAUCCGACGCAUACCCGAUGAACAUACAGCAACUUGCAAGGGCCUGAAGAUGAUGGAAGGGCUCUCAAGGGAACCGAUCUUGCUUGUUGGAGCUAGAAGAAUUUAUGGAUGCUUUCAGCUGUUAGUUAUCAUCAAUUUCCUUUUAGUUUGGCCUUAGUUACUUGCAGUGUUGCUUCUGCCUUUUGAGGCAUCUCUACUUAAUUUGAUGUAUUGGACCUUGGUUACCGUAGUGCUUUUAAGUCAGUCUCCUUUCUUCUUA